AUGGUUGAUCAUCUGAAGAUUGCCGUGGUCUGCUCCAGCAACCAGAACCGGUCAAUGGAGGCGCACAACUUUCUUAGCAAAAAAGGCUUCAAUGUCCGCUCCUUUGGAUCAGGAAACCAAGUAAAACUGCCCGGACCGUCGCAGGACAGGCCGAACAUCUACGAAUUUGGCACGCCCUACGAAGUCAUGUACAGUGAUUUGCUAAAUAAAGACAAAAAUUUGUACACCCAGAACGGCAUCCUGCACAUGCUGGACCGCAACCGGCGCAUCAAGAGCAGUCCGGAGCGCUUCCAGGACUGCCCGGAGAAGUUCGACGUGAUCUUCACCUGCGAGGAGCGCGUCUACGACCAGGUGGUGGAGGACCUCUGCGGGCGGACGCCGCUGGACAACAGCACCGUGCACAUCAUCAACAUCGACGUGCAGGACAACGCCGAGGAGGCGACGUUGGGGGCGUUCCUCAUCGUGAAGAUGGCCACCUCGCUGGCGGCGGCAGAGGACCUGGACAAUGAGAUUGACGAGCUGCUGCAGGAGUUCGAGACGGACAUCAAUCGGCCGCUGUUGCACACGAUAGCCUUUCAGUAG